AUGGGCAACGCUAGUGCUAAAGCUGUAGAAGUGAAGGUUUCAGAGACGCCGGCACCAGCUAAUACAGAUAAACCUAAAUUAAAACCAUGUUGUGCGUGUCCCGAAACUAAAAGAGCGCGUGAUGCUUGUAUUAUUGAACAUGGGGAGGAGAACUGUGGGCCUUUGAUAGAAGAACACAAAGCGUGCAUGAGAAAAAUGGGUUUCAAUAUUUAA